AGCAUUGCUGCGUGAGUUUCGGCAUUUUCUUUGAAUUUCAACAGCUGAUUCUGUCAACGUGUACGUGCGAGAGACAAUCUUAGCACGAAUUUGUAGUGUUCAUAAAUUAUAUUGCCAAAAUUAAACUCGCGAGAAUUGCAGGUUCUCUCUUCAAUUUUUGAACAUACAAAAAAUUUGUUGGAUAUAAAAUGUAAUCGAACAUAUCAAAUGAGUGAAUGAAAUUUUUAAAUUGUUGUGAUAAUGUAUAAAAUCGAAAAAAAUUGUCAAUCUUCGACGCAACCGAAUAUAUAACUUCAAUUGACACUCUGAAUCGACUUAUAUUAAGGAAAAAUUGAAACAACGAUUAUGGAAGCUUGGUGGUUCUCGAGAAUCGUCGCUCGACAUCCUUAUGCGAUUCUAAUUGCUGUUUUUGUUUUUUCGUCUACUUGUCUCGUAGUGCCAUUCGUUACUAGAAAAUUUCCGGAUUUUUCGGAUCCACAACUCGGUUUUGAGGCAAGAGGAACUGAGCUUGCACAGCGUUUUACAGCUUGGCAAAAUUUAAUCGACGCUACAGGAGUUAGAGGCUCUCUUAUUGAUAAUCCUAUGGAAUAUUUCAAUUAUUUGGAGCAACUCAACAAUCAGAAUUAUUCAGAUGUGAGGCACAGAAUAACACAAGGAAUAGUGAGAAAAAAGCCAAAGCACGAGAAACGAAAGAAAGGAAAAAAGUAUGCGAGCAAGUUGAAUGAAACAGAAGCGAAUAGCGACAGAGAUGGCAAGGACAAAUGGGAAGAAAUAUUGGAAUUAAGGAACAAGAAUAAAUUGGAGAACACAGAAGAUCACAAGAUGCAUAGUCAUUUGGCGGAAGAUGGUUUUUUUUGCAAUGCUCCAAAUUCUGCCUAUGCGAGAGUGGUGCUAGGUUCAGAGAAAGGAGAUAAAAAUAUGUGGUCGACAGAUGGUGUCUUGGCUCAGUGUCACAUCGAUGGAGUUUUGAGAGCAAACGUUGAAUUUCCAAAGCUCUGUCAAAAAUACAUGGAUCAUCCCAGUGGACGAAGUAAAUGUUGUCGCAGUUGGUCACCUGCUAAUUACGUCGCAUUACUCUCUAAUCGCAAUUCUUGUUUGGCUGUCACCGAAGAUGAUCUCACACGCGUUGAAGCACUCUUAAAAAGAUGCGCUUAUUACUACCAUAAUAAUCGAUUAACCGAGGAUUGCGCCGAAAAUCUCAACUGCCAAGCACACGUUCCAUUUGAAUGUUAUAAUCACAAUGCUCUCUAUCACCUGUUGCAUUAUCUUCUCGAUGUCAAUUUCCUGCCCGCCAAUAAACCUGCAGAAUCAAACCACACGAACGCAACGUUACAAGCUAUGAUGAUAUUUCUACCGAUGGCUGCGAGUUCGGCGAGCCUAGAUUUUUAUGAAAAGCUUAGCAACAUCGAUCUCUCAUACCGUGGAUUACGAGUUCUUGGAAUGGAGCUCGGCUUGAAAAGCACACUUUUCGACGAUUUGCUCAUUUCCGAUUCAUGUCUUUUGCUCUCAGGUUUCGGUUUUGUUGCUGUUUGCAUCUGGGCUUACACAGGCUCAGGAUUACUGACACUAUCGACGAUUAUGGCAGUUAUAUUCAGUCUUGGCAUAUCCUAUGCGAUUUAUACUCUUGUCCUCAGGAUAACGUUUUUCCCAUUCAUGAAUUUGUUAGCCGUCGUCGUGGCUGUUGGCAUUGGAUCGGACGACGCUUUUAUAUUUUGCAAAGUUUGGGAAUGCGGCAAGCGACAAAAGCUGUCCUCCAGUGGUUUAUUGAAACUAGUACAGGAAACGAUGAAGCACGCUAUACCUUCAAUAUUCGUCACAUCAUUAACGACGGCGAUCGCUUUUUUUGCCUCCAUAGUUAGCAACGUGACAGCCAUUAAUUGUUUUAGUCUGUUCUCAGGAAUAACAGUAAUAGCGAAUUUUUUCCUCAUGGUCACGUGGCUGCCAGCGAGUGUCGUAAUAUCGGAGCGCUGCUGCUUCGCAUCGUUGUCACCCACGAGCUUUCUCAUGCGAAAAAUAAUACGACCGUUGAAACAAUUCACGGAAAACGUAUUGACCAAAUUGAACGAAUGUCUGGCGUGUUUUGUUAUACGAUUGCGUUGGUUUUGGUUGCUGACCCUGAGUGCGAUAGCCAUUGGUGGCUGUAUCGUUGUUUUCCAUCAUCCUGGACUGCGCUUGCCCGAUUCACGGAGUUUCCAACUUUUCGACGAGUCUCAUCUCUUCGAGACUUAUGAUCUCGUUUAUUCCAAGAAAUUUUGGUUCGAGAAAAAGGAAAUGGACGAAAGCGAGAUGCUUCCGUUGCGGUUCGUCUGGGGAAUAAAACCUGUUGACAAUGGCGAUUACCUCGAUCCAACAUCUCGAGGAGUUUUGGAAUGGGACGAUAAUUUCGACGUGACGAGUCCGGAGUCGCAGACCUGGUUACAACAAUUUUGCUACGAUUUACGGGCACAGCCGUUUUAUCACGACACGAUGGGACCCUUGCUGUCAAACUGUUUUAUAGAAUCGCUGCAAACGUGGAUGUCAAGGCGUUGCGAGGAUAUCAUUGAUCCGAAAUUGAACCACACUCCCUGUUGCGAAACGAGCUCAUUCCCAUACAGUCCUACGGUCUUGAGACAAUGCGUUGCUGAGGCCAACCGUGAACUUUAUCGAACGCCUUCUCAUCUCUGGACUCGAGGUGGCGCGGUCGCUGGAGGAGUGAAAUUUCUCAAAGAAUCCUUGGAGCUCCCAUCUCAUUCGAGCAACGAAACAAAAAUAAAGCCGUUGCCGAAAAUUAUGGCUUUGAUCGUUGAGUACGAUAGCACUCAGCCUUAUAGUCUCUCAUUCACAGAAAUGGAUCAAUUUUACAAUAAGGUGGAGAAUUGGAUGAAGAAACAAUUAUCCAAAGCUCCGGUGGGGAUGCAGGGAGGAUGGUUCGUAAGUCGUUUGGAGUUUUACGAGCUCCAGCGAACUCUAUACCAAGGAACAAUUUGGGCGAUGGGAGUGUCGAUGAUUCUGGCUCUCAUCGUUAUAGCCUUUGUUACUUUGAAUCCUCUGGUGAGCUUGUACGCCAUUUUAGCGAUUGGUGCUGCGAUUGUUGUUGCCGUUGCUUCUCUCGUUCUGCUCGGAUGGAAAUUGAACGUUCUAGAAAGCGUUGCUGUCUCCACGGCCAUUGGUCUAGCGGUUGAUUUCAGUCUUCAUUACGGAGUGUGUUAUCGAGCCUGCGAUUUGGUGGAUCGUGUCGAUCGCGUCAAAGCAGCGCUCCAUAAAAUGGCAGGACCAUCGUUAAUGGCUGCGGUGACAACCGGAGCAGCUGGUGCAUUCAUGCUGCCGUCCCGAGUGUUGGCUUACAUUCAAAUAGCGAUUUUUUUGCUGCUCAUAAUGGGGAUAAGUUGGUCUUACGCGACCUUUUUCCUCUGUCCGUUGUUGGCAAUUGGGGGUCCGUCCUCGAAUUUCGCGCAGUUUCAUUAUCCCACGAUGCGAGAUAUUUUAUCUUAUUUCGGAAGGAGAGCCAAGGACGAUACGAUGGAAAUAACGCGUCACGGUAGUAAAUCCAGAGGGAGGCGAGGCAGUCGAGGCAGAGCUGUGCUUUCGGAAUCGACUCUCAGCGCAUCCAACACUGUUUCCCAAUUUCUCUGCAGCGAUAUCGAAGGCACGAGGCUUGCCACUACCGAAUCUCUGCCGCCGUCUCCGUCCUCGCCUUUGCUUUUUCUCGAUGUCACUCAAAUGCACCGGCCGAGUAACCGACUCAAACUAACCUCGGUAGUCUACUGAAAUAAAAUGAAAACGCCAGGGAAGAGGAAGAAAAAAAAGGAAUCACAAUGUCUUACAUUUGUGCCGUUACAAUCGUCCAACGCCUGGCGAGAAACUCUGAUCUCCGAUUCUGCACCGUCUCGAGCACACUCGAGCCAAUAUUAGGCUCAGUCCUGUGAAGGUUUCCUCGGAACCUUCGAAGUACAACCUUCGUUGUUCACAUCCACGUGUUGGAAAUAACGAAAAAAUGUGUUACAUCUCCGUAGCAUUUUGUUAAGUACGACGUGGAGCGAUUUUGAUCGUCAUUCUGUUGACUACUUUUUUACAUCUAACACAGAGCUCUUGAACAAUAAAGUACGUUGUGAGUUUGUCGAAAACGAAUAACCCGAGCUAUGCGCAUCGUCCUCGCUUCACGAACUGCCUAGUUUUUUAUUUUUCCCUUUGAUUCGAGACUCAACGUACCUAAUUGACGCAGUAUUUUGAAAGUUUUUGUACUUUAAAUACCAAGCCUAAUCGAUCUGCAGUCUUUUUCGUAUACAUGUUAUAAAAUUCCGACUGAUUUGUUUUUGUUUGACAUUAGUGUAUUUAUGUGUACGCGGGAAGUGCUUCCAGAGCCGGAUUCAACGGUAUUACUAUUAUUUUACACUUUAAUCUUACGAAUAUGACUUCUGUAUUGAAACAAUUAGAAAAACAAUACAGAAUAGGUUUAUAUUGUAUGAAUUUAUAAAUCUCGUUACGUGUUUCCAAACGAAUUGUGAUACAUGCGAUAUUUUAUUAAGAAUAUGUGCCAAAAAGAUGAAGACGUAUUGAUUGCACACUUGAACGAUACUUAUAAAAUUCACGAUGUUCGUUAUUCGAAAGAAAAAAAAACAAAGCUCAAUUCCAAACGAUUAUUGAUCAAGUGGCCGAUCAAUCGAAAUUCCUUACUGCACCAACGAUCAUGUGACUGUUGAUAUUAUAAAAUUCUCAAUAAUUUGUUGAUUAUAUACUGUAAAUUAAUCUAUCGUUGCGGAUUAUGUGUUCGUCGGUUCGAUCAUCGUCUUAGAUAAUGUUAAAUAUACUUACAUACAUAUGCAGAGUGUUCCACGACUAAUGAUCAUAAAUUUGUGUACGUUCAGGGGCAAUUUUCGAGUCGGAAAGUUUAGUGCUAUUUGAUUUUAUUAGUUGUUUUUCACAUAGGUUAUCAAAUUUUAGAGAAAAGUGUGUUUCCGUAGCAGUUACCAUCGAAACCGUUGGAGAUGGAGCGAAAAAUUUCAGAACCUUUUUUUAUUAUUUCAAUAUCUUUGGUAGUCCAGACCAAAAAACAGAUUGAAAAAAGCCUCGAAACUUCUUGUUCUAUGCAUGUUCUUUGAAGACUAAUUGUGAAGGCUCCCGGAACUGAACUACUAAAUAUAUAAUAAUCCAGCGAAGAGGUUCCCUGUAGGAAAUUUCAUGCUCUAUAAAUUUUACUCGCACCUUUGCUCUAUCAAUUCAGCCAAUUCGUUAUGAUUCUCGUCACCGAGGAUCCUGUCAUUUGUAAUACUUCGUUUCUAGACUUUUCAACUCCGCAUUCAGUCCUGUACUUAUGUCGACACCUUCGACAAUAUCUGGGGGCUUCGUAAAACCACAUGAAUAUAUAUUUGUAUGUAUACGUCCAUGAAUAUUGGUUAUGUAAAUGGAUUAUAUUUAUUAAAACGAUUUAUGACGAUAAGGAAAUAACGGCUGCUGCUGCAUUUAACUGUAAAAUACAUUAUACACGCAUAUAUAUUAUAUAUAUUAUAUACAUGGUUGAACAAUGUAA